UUUUUUGUGGGCUUCUUUUUUGUCCAAAUUACUCGGGGAUUCGUGUGAAAGAGCACCGCCAUAGCUGCCUGGGCAGGUGACCAAUUUUUCGCAGUGAUAAACACGGAAAAUCAUUCGCGAUAGAGCCUCCGUAUUGGGCUCCGCGCACUCGGGGAAUUUUCUUGUGACGUAACGGAAUUUUCGAGGACUUUUCCUGGACGAGGGCCAAGGGGAAACCCCCCUGGGCGAUUGGGGCUGCAGCAGAUCAAAUUGUUGAGAUACGCACAAAACCAACUCCAAACGAGCAGGUUGGAGGUGAAUUUGGGCCUAUUUCAUCCACGGAUGAUCUCCUAACGCGCUAUGAGGAGUACGGGAGCACACCGCCCAGGACGAGGAUUAAAAUAAAGAACAGAGACUGGGACAGGAAGCAGAGAAUGGAGGGGAAUGGCAAGAGAAAUGCAGCUCGAAUGUCCCGUUCAAGGGUCAAUCGACGCAAUACGAUGGAUUGUGCAAUUCUCAAUGAAAUGUUUGUUGAGGAUGAGCAUAAGAGGACGGAUAAACGUGCCCUGCAGCUACAGCGGGAAACUGAGCGGGAGAUUAAGCUAUCCACAAUGGCUACAGUGGCGGUGAAUCAGCUUCAGAAGCGCACCUCACGGCCACUGAGCAAUGCCAGCAUUGAGGAACGCACAGAGAGCCUCCCGUCCACGAAUACAGCUGCAAAUGCGGGGAAUUGUACGCUAAUUGAGUGCUCAAAUAAGUACAUGAGUGUUCAAUCGCGUCCUGUUGGAUGCCGCAUGUCAGCCCCACCGUCGGCCUUUGGGAUAAACCUGAAGAUCGAUGCGACGGACAUGCCGCGUAUACAGAAUCGUCAGGAAUUCCAUGAGACCUUUGCUAAUCUUAUCAAACUGGGCAGUGCGGAUAAGCAGGAGAAGCAGGACACGAAGCAAUUGUCGCAUGAAGAGUACAAAUACCAGACAGAGCUACAAGACUUAAUCUGGCUUGAGCUGCAGGCGUGGCAUGCUGAUAGGACGCUGGAGCAGCAGGACAAGUAUUUGUACGCAGCACGCCAGGGAAUUGGGGAUUUGCUCAAUGAGAUCAUGUCGUACAGGUACCAGCCGAAAUUCUCGCGUACCUCCAGUGUGGCCAGUGAUACGGAUAGUGGGGUAGCGUCGGAUUCAGCUAGUUCCACGCAGGAGGGGAAUCGUUGCCCAAUGAUGGGGGCAGGGAGUCAACCGUGUCCUGGAUGCUUAUCAAUGUUCUGUCGUGAUUGUCAGGAUCAGCAAGGGUUGGCUGUGAAGCAGGUAGAAGUUCUCCUGACACGCCUGGAAGCAGCUGAGGCGCUCUUCCCGUCAACUCAAGCUCUUGGUCAGUGCUAUCCCAUCUAUAAGAGUGAAGAAUUCGUGGGACGUGUAAAGGCAAUGUGCUUAUGGUACAAUAUAACAAAGCAUCAGAGGCUGAAGCUAAUGAUUCUGGGGAAAUUAAUGGCACGCGCCCAGAAUGAACCCUUCCCCUGGCCAGUACCCAUUGAGGAGCGUCAUAGAAACUCCACGGUUUCCCUGUAUGAUACCACAGAUUCCGGAAGGGAUUCCGUGGACUCGAGGAGCAAGGUUUCCCCACGUGUGCAAUUCACACUUGAUGAGACCAAUGAAUCCGGAAGUUCCAAUGAUAGCACCAUAAGUGGGGAGUCAAUGAUGAAGGAAUCCACCCCAACACCACCUGUGGGGGAUUUUGGGAAACUCGUCAAUGAGGUGAAUCUCUUCAGUCGAGAUCCCCUGGGGCAUACAUCCCCGUACAGGAAGUACAUUGAGAAUGUCCUCAAAUCCCGUGGGCUGGGGAAGAGUCUCAAUUUCCUCCAUAGACUACACAAUGUUGUCCUGCGGAAGGCACAGAUUACCCUUGAGAAGCCCGGAAGUGAGGAGUCAGACAAUGAGGGGGAAUUAUUUGAGAUGGAUUCCCCAAUUAUUGAUCCACCACUUGAGAAGGAACAAGAGGAGGAGCUACGGCGAUAUGGGAUUUGGAGUACGGAAUUUGAGCAACUUGCCCUGCCGUCCUAUGUUCCAGCCUUUGUGUAUCUUUCCCUGAUCCCAAUGGAGGUGAUUCAUGAAUUCCUCCGGCUACGACUCGAGACGCGUCCAAUGCAACCGAAUCCCCUGAGUUUGGAGCAGCUAAUGAAGGAACUCCGGGAAGGACUCAUCUUGGCCAUUACGCAUCGUGAGCGCUACAGUAAGCACAUAACAACGGCACUCGUUGAGAAGGAACCUGAGCUGGAGAAGUACAUGGGAAUCCUGGAUGAAUUCGAUAAGACAGUUAAGAGAGUGAUGGAGCUGUAUUUGGAUUAUGUUGAGCAGUGGGUGUUGGUGGCGGCGCCAGAGGGGCAUCAGAGGUCAGCCCUGGACAAGGAGUGGAUGUUUACAAAGCUAGUUUGCCCCAUGAUUCCUGGACAGCAUUCAAGUGCAGCUAAGAGAUUCUGUUUGAUUGUGAGGAACCUCCUGAAGGCAAUUGGGCUGCGUCUUGUGACGCGGGCAACGGAGCUUGAUGGGCAGAUUGAUGAGACUCCUCAGGGGGAAGCAUCAAAGUGGGAAAUCCUCGCCAUUUGUCGGGCAACGCAAUCCCUCUUCACGGAGGAACGAGAGAAAUCGGUUAAAGUGAUGGCAUUUGCAAAGACUCUCAUUCGUGACAUUGAGCAUUCGGAUUUCCAUCGUGAUCACACCGAGGAGUUCCUCAGCAAAUGCACAGGGGAUGAUUUUGUCUGUCCCGAGGUGAGGGAUGCCAUAACAGUCCUCAAAAGGGAUGCCCUGAAGGUGCGUGAGAAGCUAACGGCGAUCAUUGAGAUGGUUGAGGAGCGUUGCCAUGUGAAGCACAUUGCAGACCUUGAUGAGGUCGACAAAGCAGCCGUGCUCACGCGUUCACGUGAAAUCCUCCAUCAGGGCUAUAAAUUUGGCUUUGAGUACCACCGAGAUCUUGUCCGGAUGACUGAAACGAAGAUUGGUUCGUGCAAGGACACAAUGUGUGAAUUUAAUCUCUCGCUCGGCAUCAUAAGUUUCGCCAAGAUGUGGAUGAAGUUUGUCAUGGAGCGGUGUGAGAGGGGACGUGGAUUGAGACCACGAUGGGCUGCCCAGGGAUUUGAUUUCCUCAUCCUGGCGUGUGAUCCCUCCAAUUCGCGGCAUUUGAGUGAGAAAGAAUUCGAAGAGAUGAAAGCAAUGAUGGAUAAAUGCAUUUCUCACGUGAUUGGCAUCACGACGGAACCGCAGCGGAAGAGACCCUCGCCAAGAUCACGCAAAGCUAGUCCGGCCAAUCGACAUGCCACCCCUGGGAAGAUGAGCCUCACAGCGACAAAUCAGAAGAAUUUAAUGCCUCAAAUGAGCUUACGGGAGGAAGGUGUUGGGGGACUUUCACCAACGAGAAGUCCCGAUUCCCCGGAUAUGAUCCGGAAACAAACAUCCUGCGAUACAUCCUCAAAUGGGAUUUCCAUCAUUGUACCACAAAUUACGAACUUCACGCAGCCACUGAGGCAAGUUCGCGUGCGUGAUGCAGUUAACAGGUUGGAUUUGGAGCUUGAGAGUAAAUUGCGAGAGAGGAAUCUUAUUGGGAAUGUUAAAUCACUUAAUACGUGUGACAAAGUUCACAUUCGCUCCAGGAGCGUUACCUUCCGGUGGCAUCGUGGCAUUAAGAUUGGUCAGGGAAGAUUUGGCAAAGUAUACACAGCGGUGAAUAACUCCACUGGCGAAUUGAUGGCCAUGAAGGAGAUUACAAUUCAGCCAGGGGAAAAUCGAGCCAUUAGGCGUGUAGCUGAAGAGCUAAAGAUCUUCGAGGGGAUCACACAUAAACACCUCGUAAAGUACUACGGAGUUGAGAUCCACAGAGAGGAAUUGCUGAUAUUUAUGGAGCUGUGCUCUGAGGGUACCCUUGAGAGUCUCGUAGAGAUGUCUGGGGGUCUGUACGAGAGUCUAACGCGACGCUUUACAGCUCAGCUAUUGUCAGCUGUGGGGGAACUCCAUAAACACGGAAUUGUGCACAGGGAUGUGAAGACUGCAAAUAUUUUUCUCACAAACGGGUCAAAUUGUCUCAAGUUGGGUGAUUUUGGGUCAGCUGUGAAGCUCCAGACGCACACAACAGUGCCUGGGGAGCUGCAGGGGUACGUUGGGACACAAGCCUACAUGGCACCGGAAGUUUUUACGAAGAACAACACCGAAGGACACGGAAGGGCAGCUGAUAUUUGGUCAGCGGGAUGUGUUGUGAUUGAAAUGGCGUCCGGGAAGAGACCUUGGUCGCAGUUUGAUUCGAAUUUCCAAAUUAUGUUCAAAGUGGGAAUGGGUGAGACACCCGAAGUUCCGGAUAGUUUAUCACAGGAGGGACAUGAUUUCCUCAAGUACUGCCUCCAGCAUGAUCCACGAGCUCGUCUAUCGGCCAAUGAGCUGCUACUUCACAACUUUUGCAAGGUCGGUAUCGAGGACGACUGCUCGUGCGACUCAAAAAGACAGCAGGACAUCCGACGAUCCAAAAGACACAACAAGACCAAAACCUAGAAAACAACUUACCUCGUUCUUCCUCAAUAUCCUAUUGCUUAAUUAUUUUUUUUUUUAGUUUUUAUUCGUUACGACACUGAGAUGAGUAUCAAAUUGUUAAUCAAUAUUUUUAUUCGGUCUGUUAUUUUUUUUAUUCUCUACCUGUCGCUUUCUGGGACGCAUUUUAUCCACUAACAUUUUAUUAUAUAUAUUUUGCUCAGGAUUGUGACACGUGAUCGUUAAUUUUUACGGUAGAAAUUGUAUAGGACGUAUAAAAUUAUUCUUGUUUGCUCAAGUAGGGAAAGAAUGCACCGUGAGUGUCUUUUUUUGCUCCCUCAAAACACAGAGAGAGACUUUCAAUUCAAUACAUAUAGAGAGAUUGUUGUGCUUAAUUAUUGUGCCUAUUAAAGAAAAUGAUCAAGGAAAUUAUUUUGUACAACACGCGCGUAUUUUAUUGUGAGCAAUAUGAGUAGAAUUUUUCUUGUUUCUGUUCUUAAUUGGUAGGAAGAAGACACUGAGAAUGAAAAUAAAAGUUAUUUUUCAAUGAA